AUGGCUAAGAAAAAGAAAGUUAAGGAUUUCCCUAAAGUGAAAAUAAAGCUUGGAAAAAAGUUGAAAAAAACAGCAGCUACCGAUACGCGAAUAGAAACGAAAAAAGUUGUGAUUGUGGAACAACUAAGAGUAAAUGAUGGCUGCGUAUCAUCAUAUCGUGGUUUAUCACUAGAAGAAUUAUGCCGUCAGCUUGGUCAUUAUAAUAUUAACGUGAGACGCGAUUCAGUUAUUGGCUUACGGCAGUUGCUUUCACUGCAUCCUGAAUUUGUACCAAAAUAUUUACACAUCCUUAUACCAACUGUAGGACGUUUGAUUGCAUGUGAUAAAAGCGACUCAUCAUUUCACUCUCAACUGCGUGCUCUUGUUGAACUGUUAUGUAAAACAGAUGCUUCAGCUAUAUCAUCUCAUUUUACCUUGUUAAUGAUGCAUACUCUCCGUGCUUUGACACAUCUCAGGAAAAGCGUACGGUUUUAUGCACUUACGAUUUUAACACUAUUAAUGCGCACGUAUCCUAACCUAUCUCAAAACAACAUCGACUUAUUCGAUUCAUUUGUGGAACUCCUGAAUAGCAAAAGUAUUCUAACCAACAAAAAGCUCUUGCUUGAUGCUAUUGCUACUUUUUUACGGGUUUUUCGGGUUGAAGAACCUGCUAUAGUUGGGCCCCUCCGAGUGGCAUAUUUUAGUGUCCGUAAUGGACAAAGUACUCAAAUUGAUCUAACCCCAAUCAGUGAAUCAAGGAUUGAUUUCUGUGUGCUUGGUUCGCAACCACAACAGUUCAAAUCACCACUCCAUUCACCCGAAAAAUUCCUCUUAUUGUUAUCUGGAAUUUUUUCAUUUUUUAUUAUAUGUGCAUCUGAAGAAUCAUCUCCAUACGAAAAAGAAUGGAUUGAAAUAUUUACAUCUCUCGAUAAAUUUGAAUUUCGGUUAAACAGAAAUACCGACACUUUGUUGCAGUCGUUGUCGCAAAUCCGAAUGACAUUCACAGCUGCUCAAAUGGAUGAAUUCAGAAAGGUAUCAUCAGGUGUGGCUUUAAUGCUGAAAAAAGGUUGCCUCUGUCAGCGAAUACACAAACUACUGCAAUCAAUAACUCAGUCAGGAAAAUAAUA